AAAUUUGAAGGAAUCUGACAAAAAACCUUUUAUGGAAUUUGCCGAAAAGUUGCGACUCACACACAAGCAGGAACAUCCGGACUACAAAUAUCAGCCACGGCGCAAAAAAGCGCGCACUCUCACAGCCAGCGGCGUACAGUGCGAUGAUGCGCUUAAUGCUGUGACAACCACACUUACGCCCGGCAAACUGACGGACGCAGCAACAGCACCGCUACAAUUGACAGCAGACUGUGCUUCAGGCACAUUUCUGCCCAAGAGUUCCAGUGGAACGGGUGGUCGGAAAGCAAUGGGCAGUAGUGGCACCACAACCACAAGCCGCCUUAAUGGACGUAUCACAAAGCAAACGUCACAACAGGGAAAUAUCAGCAGAAUCGAAGAAUUGGGUGCCUAUAACACUGACCCAAAUUUUCACAGUAAUAUCAGUGAAAUCACGUGUGCUGCCGACAUGCUGAAUAGCGAAGCAUUUAUCAACUCAUUGAAUAACGCAUGCGCUGCUUCCUUGCACAACGCUGCCAAUGGUGGCCUGAUGACUGAGUUGGCGGGACUUGAUUUUGGGCAGCAACAACUAGCACAGCAGCAACGUUAUGAUUACGCGCGUCCAAUGGAUUCACCCUGCUCAACGGCCAGCUCGCUACAGUCGACCGGUGCAAGCACCUCGGCUGACGGACAACCUCUCACACCGCCUGCCACACCUUACACACUAAGCAGUAGCAGUUUAUUGAGCGCCAAUCUGAGCGGCAAACGUACUCCUACACACGGGCAAACACAGUCUCAGAAACUUUUGCAACCCUCGAGUGAGUCAGUUGCGGGGCGUGCCGAUUUGGCUGCCAGUUAUGGUGUGCUAGUGGAUGGGGCCGAAAUUCUGGCUGCCAAUGAGUUGGCUUCGCCACACUAUCAAAGCGCGGCUGCUAGUUCUAUGCAUCCCGGGCGCGUUUAUGGUGUAGAUGCCACUGAGAGCGAUAGCUUUGGCACUUAUUUAGCAGGCCAAUAUCUCGGCUACAAUUGUGGCUCCAACAGCACUGAUGAUUGCAACUCGCCACAUUCCAUUGGAGUGCUAAAUUAUCUGGAAUCCUGCGCGGCGACAUCGGCAUCUGCUGCGAUCAACAAUAACAGCAGCAGCAGCGGCAACAAAACACCCCUACCAUAUGCAAUGGGAAAAUUCGCAACGGCACAUAGCUACAUGGCGCCAAAUUCAAUGAGCAACAGCGAUAUUGACCCAAAGGAAAUUGACCAAUAUCUCAUGGAACAAGUGAUGCCAAUAACACAGACGUCAGGCCCACAAUUGCCACUCCACACGGUAUCUGCCGCGACAACAGCUCCCCCAUCGAUCACUUUAAUUGCAUCCGCAACAAACGUCCGUUGUACAACAAUAACAAAAGCGCCGCCAGCCCCAACAACAAUGCCAGGCAGCAGCUCAUGCAUAACAUCUAUAGAUGGCAGCGGCAAUGGCAGCAAAAUAAUAACGAACGGUGGAAGUGCGAGCAAAUGUGGUUCCGUCAAUAGCAGCAACAACAGUAAUAACAACAACAGUAAUAGUGAAAGCCAUUCCGCCAACGCCGGUAAUUGCUUUUAUGCGAGUGGCAUUGAUAUGGACACGACAGCGUUGGCCGUACCCCAUGGCUUUCACCAGCACUAUGGCCAGCAUCAUCACCUCGCAAAUCAUCAUCAGCAGCAGCAGCAGCAGCAGCAACAACAUGCUUCACCGCUGCAUCAGGCACAACACGACCAAAAUCAGGCACAUCAACAACAACAAUACGCCUGGGGUAGUUAUGUCAGUCCAUAA